AUGGCCGACGAUAUCGAUGAGGAUACCCCGAUGCGAACUGAGGAGAAUUCAUCCGAUGACGACAGUGGUAGCGAUAGCGAACAAAACGGCGGGGAUCGAGAUGGCGAAGGAGAAGUGGAAUGGAUGGUCACAUCACGACAAAAACGUUCGACGGCAGGAAAUCGAUUGAAUGCUUUACUACAACAAGAAGAACCAGAUGACGAAUUAGAACUUCUAUUCGCAGAAGAUGAAAAUGAAGAAGAUCAUGGAUUUGUUGAUGUGGAGGCCGAUUCUGAUGUACAAAUGGAUUCAUCCGAUGACGACGAUGAUCAAGGACCUGCAGCCGGCGCAGAUGACCUCGAAGGAGAGAAAGAGUUGCAGCGCAAGGAAAAGGCCGAACGAUUAGCUAAAAAGCGCAAGAUGACUGAUGGCAUGCCGAAGAUAUUCAAAAAGAGAGUCAAGAUCGAUCCCACAAUUCCUUCGAAACCUGCUCCAAGACCGAAGAAAAAGUCCGAACGGGCUUCAUGGAUUCCAACUCCAGAGGAUGCGCCGACUCGAGCUUCGGCUCGUGGUACGACCCAAAAAAGUAAAGAACAAUUACAUGCGCAGAUGAUAGAUAGGGAAAAGAAGAGGUUAAAGCAAUUGGCCAACAUGGAGAAAGCAGCUGCAGCAAAGGAAGCCGCAAGGAAACCAGCCAUGACGCAGGAAGAUAGAUUGGCAGAAGCUGCAAGGGUAGAGAAGAGCAAUUCCAAGAGUCUAAGUAGAUGGGAAGAAGCAGAACAACAAAGGGAAGAAGAGCAGAGGUUAAAGUUGGCGGCAUUGCAUAAUAGAAAAUUGGAUGGGCCUGUUAUUACUUGGUGGAGUGGACGUGCGAUGUGGGUUGGAGGGAAAUUAAUUGCACUUGGAUCAAAGAAACUCAAACCGGAUGAGCCCAAGGAAAAAUCGAAGAAGAGAAAAGCUGGAGAAAUGGAGGAUGAGAGUGAAGCUGGGUCUGUAGAACCAACUACCUUGAAAGGAGCGGCUGCUCCAGGUUCGGCUACAAACGAUACGCCAAUUAGCGAUGUAAAGGACUCUACACCUGGAACCACUUCUGGAGUCACUAAUAGUGAUGUGAAUAAAGAUGGAAUUUCGUUAAAGCAGGAAUCAAUAUCAGACAACGUUCUACAUCCUCCUCUCCACCCAGAAUCACAACCUAUCGGCGUUCUCAAACCACCACAGCCACCGACUAUUCCACCAUCAACCAGCAUUCUUCAACCACCAAACCAAACAUCCGGAGUUGUACCAAAUAUAAGUGGACUUCAACCACCUCAACAAACCACCGGUGCCGUUCCCCAUAUAAACGGACCUCUUCAACUCCCCCAAUCCCACAACCACGCCGUUCCAUUCAUCCCCCUCCAAGCUCCUUCCACUGUCCCUCCAUUCUUCCUUCAACCCCCAUCCCUCGAUGGUUCCAAACCCCUCCCCGGUUUUCAACCUCCAAAUACAAACUAUCCUCGCCUAAUGCCUUCUCAAACAACUCCUUUCUCUUUCGCCCCUUCUCAGCAUUACUCGCCUUAUUCUUCGGCCUCGGCUCCUCUUCCUCCACCUCCUCCACAACCACCUGUUACGGAAUACUCAUUGAGGAAUUGCUUAAUUCUUACCAAUUUUAAUGAUGAUGAAAUUAAGAAUAAAGAUGUACAGACGAGGAUUCUUUUCAACCAAACGUUUCCUAAAGCUCCUAGUAAGUUUUCAGCCCUCCUCGUCUAA